GAUAUCAUUGCAUUCAGAAUUCUGUGUCCUUCUGAGAUCUGAUAACAACAUAGCAUCAGAUACUUCUUACUGACUCUGCCACAAAGCUUGAAUGGAUCUUCUCAAACCUCCGCUUGUGAGAUAUAUUUUCCUUGUGACUUGCAUCUUAUAUCAAUCCAAUGCACAGCCUUCAUAUUACAUCUCAGUACCUGACCAGAUUUUCCCUGGUUUAAAUACUACCAUUGCUGUUCACUUGUUUGGAUUAAAUUACUUGGAAGUAAAUGUCACGGCAAGACUUUUUGACACUUGGGCAGAGCUGGCACAUGCAAGCAGCAUUUUCUAUAAUGACAGUAUUGGGCUGCUCACUCUUCCCGCACUAAACUCCCCUUUAUCAAGUUACUACCAAGUGCUUAUUGAAGGAUCAUCAAACAAUACAAAUAUUUUCUAUCAACGGUUUUACUUAAGAAAGCAAGUUACACCUGUACACAUUUUCAUACAAACUGACAACAUUUUCUAUAAGCCUGGACAAGCAGUAAAGAUCAGAGUCAUUUCAGUGUAUCAUGACCUAAGACCAUACAAUGGAUAUGUGGACCUUGUUGUGAGGGAUCCAGAAAAUAAUAUUAUUCAGAAGUGGCAGAAUCUGACCAAUGAUCUAGGGGUUGUAUCUACUGAGUUUUUGCUGUCUUUCAACCCCAUGCUUGAUAACUGGACGAUAGAGGCUACAGCAAAUAGUUCUCAGAUCUCUGCACAUUUUAUAGUUACAAAUGGCGAUUCACCCAAAUUUGAUGUUAAAUUAGAUGUACCAACUUUCUAUGUUUAUAGAAACUAUGCAAACCUGACUGGCAAAGUAACAGCAAAAGACAUAUUUGGGAAACCCAUCAAUGGAAAUGUAACCAUUUCUAUAAAGCCUUUGGAUGAUUAUUAUUAUGGUAUCGCUGUUAAUAAAACAUAUGAGACUGAGUCAGGAUCAGCCAAUUUCAGUUUCACUCAUGAAGAAAUAAGAAGUGUGUAUUGGUAUUGGUAUUAUGGAAUAUGCCUAAAUGCCUUGGUGACAGAUACGCUAACAGGCACUGCAAUGAAAGCAUCAUCAUAUAUCACAGUGACAGAUGGUGAAUACAGAUUUAUAAUGAUCAGUGAGCCACAAUCACCAUUGCCUGACUUCAAUUACACAGUAAAGAUACAGGUGCUAAGACAUGAUGGAAGACCUUUACUAAAAGAAGAAAGAGAUCAAAAUAUAACCGUUACAAUUUAUCAAUAUCACCAUUGGUGGUGGUUAAGGUCAGGAUUAAGAACAGGAGACAAUCUCACCUCAUUCGCACAACAGGAAAUAGAAGACAAUUUCACUUCCCAUACAACAGUGGAUACAGAAUCGUAUGUCACCUCCACUACACCAGUCUCCUAUAAUGACAUUGUUGAGAAAAAACAAUUCACCAUCCCAGAAUCUGGGAUUGUUAGUUUUGAGUUUCCAGUAAUGCAACGUUUUUGGCAAAUACAUAUUGAGGUUGGUGUACCAUUCCAAGUACGAGUUAAUACACGUAGAAAGGUUCAGGAGCUGUAUUAUGUGGUUAUGGCAAAAGGAGGGGCAGUUGCCGCAGGAAAAAUACCAGAUGCCUUAUUUACCCUCACUCCAGAACGCUCCUGGACACCAUCUGCUACACUGAUAAUUUAUUUAUUUAAUUUUAAUUGCCAUUACUACUACUACUAUCAAAUUAUGAAAACUUCUGAGAUAUUGUAUAUCAAAGAUAUAUUUGAGAAUACGAUCUCUUUAUCAUGGAGUAAAAAUAAAGUUCAACCUGGAGAAAAUGUUUCUUUGACCGUAAAUGUAGGAGAAACUCGCUCAUUGGUGGGAUUGAAGGUUGCUGAAAAAACACUUCAAAAAAAUGAAAAUGAUUUGACUGCAAGCAGAUAUGAUUUUCUUGGCUCAUAUAUUAAACAAGAGGAGUCAUAA